CAAAAUCCCACCAUUAUUUUCCCCCUCGGAAGAGACCCCUACUAUAAACCUUCUAAAAUUUCCCCAAUUUCUCCAAGAAUUUCCGCUCUCUUUUUCUACCAUUGGAAAAAUCCAAGAAAGAGAGAGAGAGAAUUGAUUAAACCCUAACAAUGAGUACCAAUCGAGAUAAAAAACCUGAAGAGGAUGAAAAAAAGAUUCCAGUUUUCACGGUAAUCAAGAACGGUGCGAUUCUCAAGAACAUUUUUGUCAUGAACAAACCACCACCUUUGGAGCUUGAUUUGAUCGCCAACGUCGAAAAUGUGGAAAACCCAGAUGGGGAAGCUGAGGAGAUCUUGAUCGUUGGUCGACACCCAGAUUGCAAUAUUGUGUUAAUGCAUCCAAGCAUUAGUAGAUUCCACCUUCAAAUCAACUCAAAGCUCUCCGCGCGAAAACUAUUUGUUACCGAUUUAUCUUCUGUUCAUGGGACUUGGGUUUCGGAGAAGAAGAUUGAACCAGGGUUUCGUGUAGAGCUGAAUGAGGGUGAUACAAUAAGAGUUGGUGGCUCAACUAGAGUCUAUAGGUUGCAUUGGGUUCCUUUGAGCUCUGCAUAUGAUACAGAAAAUACAUUUGUAUCAACGUCCGAUGUAGCAAUGAUUGAAGAGAAAGAAGAUGAAAAUGCUGAAAAACUGUCUCAGAAUGAAUAUUUGUUGGUAACUGAAAAUGAACAAGUUCAAAAGAAAGCAAAAGAAACAUAUCAGAAACGGAUCCCAUCAGCAUCUUUAAUGUCAGAAAACAUGAAUUCUUAUGAUGUUCAGGGUGGGAAUGAAGAAAUAGAAGGACCAUUUACAAAUGAUAAUGAAUUGAAUCUUAAAGCUGCUGAGGGAGCAUUGCAGAGCCCAGAAUACUAUUCUGCUAAAGAAUCAUUGCUGGAGAAAGGAAACACUGACGUUUCCAUGACAGUAUUAGGACAAGAAUCCAAUGUUGAGUUUGAGGUGAACUCAGAUUCUUUAUCAUCUGAUCAGAAAUCAGAAAUCAAUUCAUUAUCGGAAAUGCUAAAAGAAAUUGAAAAUCAGAGCUUGUUGAGGGAGGAUAGUAUUCCAAUAAAAUAUGUGAAGUUGUCCUUGUCGGAAGAAGAUCUUUCAGACACAAACCAUGAACAAGUCAACAAAGAAAACCAGACUCCACUGCAUCUUCCUGAUUUGGAUCCAUCAUAUGAACAAGAAAACCAAGAGAAUUUGGCAAAGAACCAAACAUUGAAUGGGCUGGAGAGCCCACAAAUUGUAUGUGCUAAAGAUCCUGAGACCACUGAAACAUUUGAUGAACUAGAAAACUCAAGUCCUUCAAGAAAAGACUAUGCACAGAGCGUGUUCACAACAGAAUCUGUGAACUCAUCUUUGCCUUUUGGCGAAGUUCUCUAUGAGAUUGUAGAUAGCAAGCAAAGCCAGACGCCAGAAUCUGCAUUCCCUACAAUUGAGACCAGGUCAGAGAAAAAAUCCAGCUCCUGUAACAUAUGGUCAAGAAGAGGUAAACCUGCUACGGCUCCUCAGCUUCAAACAAGUACUGGUAGGAGAAGAAUCAGAAUGGUUGAUGUUGAUCCUGGUGUUGAGUGGGUGAAUCAAGAGGAUGUAGAAAGUAAAUCAAUUACUAGGGCUCUUUUUUCUGGUGCAGAAGCAAUUGAUGAACAACUCUUUACUCCAGAUAAGGAGAAUCAUAUCCCAAAUACUUCUGUUCUGAAAUUCUCGAAAAAGAAGGGUAAAAUAGAAGAUAUUCAAUUAUCCUCUCCAAAAAUUACUUUUAGCCCCGUUAUUAGAUCAGGAGAAGACAUGAUUGCCAGUUCAGACAAAGAGAAUCAGACACCAAAGUUCUUCCAACAGAGGAAAUCAGCAAGACUAACUUCAAGGAACCAAAUCAAGUUGGAAGGAGACAACAUGCCAGAGCAAAGAAGAAAAGAGAGGCUUCCUUUCCAAAUAUUACUUGCCAAUUCAACUGGAAAGAGCAUAUCCGAAGAUUCAGUCCCUACUGCUGCUGCUAGGUUAGGAAGGAUUCCCUUCCAAUCAUUAUUUACCAAUUCCCCCGGAAAGAGCAUAUCUGAAGCUUCAAUCCCUGGUGGUGCUGCUAGAAGCAGCAAUUCUAUCAAAUAUACUCAGAAGAACUCCACGUCUAUUGAAUCUGUUGGAGAUGGAAGGGGGAGAUGGACUAUGAUAGCAGAUACAACAUCUCUUCUAGACAAGGAAUCGAGGAAGUCAUUACAGCUUUUACAAGGUCUUAAGGGGACUCAUUUAAUCAUUCCAAGAAUGGUCAUACGGGCACUGGAUUCUUUGAACCAGCGUGGUAGACUAUUCAGGAGAACAACAGAAGCAUCUUUGGUUUUAAAAUGGCUAGAAGAAUGUAUGGUGAAAACAAAAUGGUGGAUUCAUGUUCAGAGCUCAUUGGAGGAUGCAAGGCCAAUUGCACCUACCCCUCCUGCUUCACCCGCAUCACAAUUCAGCAAAGGAAGCUCAGUCUCAUUUUCACCUCAUGGGAGUUUAUUUGAAAUUGUUUCACCAACUACAGAAGACCAUAUUCUUGAAUGUGCUCUUUCUUAUAGGAAAAUGAACAGUGAUGGACAGCUUGUCCUUCUUAGCAAUGAAGUAACUCUAAAGAUCAAGGCCAUGGCAGAGGGCUUGGUUUGCGAGACAGCUAAAGAAUUCCGAGAUAGUCUUGUGAACCCUUUCUCAGAUAGGUUCUUGUGGGCAGAUAGUUCUCCUAGAGGGCAGACAUGGUCUGUAUUGGAUGAUAUAGUGUUGAAAGAAAAGUACUACAGGAGCCCUUCAAAGAAAUCUAUUAAGGGAGAACCUGCAAAGGGUUUGAAGCUCAUUCUGCUGCAUAAUUCUCAUUAUGGGCAGAUAAGUCGUUCAAUCCAUUAAAACAAACUGUAUAUCUGCAUUUUUUGCGUAGCUAAUGCUUUUCUACUAUACUUUUCUGUAUGCUAUGAAGAAAAAGCCAUUGAAGUUACCAUGGUAGAGUAUUUCUAUGCAGAACUUUUGACACUAUUCCUGCCAUACUAAUGGACCUAAGACAUGAAACUGAAGACAUUUUUUUCUUUUUAAGAAUUAAAGACAGGUGAAUUACUGAACUUAUCUUUAUGAUUAUGGAGGCAGAAGCAACACUUACCCAUAAUUCUAGAAAUUUCAACUGUGAAAUUCCCUGAAAACGUUAAUUUUAUAAUUAUGUAUUAAUAUCUAAUUAGGGAGCCUGAUUCUAAUUAAUAGGGACUCCCACAUUUUUGUAA